AUGCCGGGCGACGGUCACUUCUUGUGGAUGUGGAGGGAGGUCUCGCUGGUGACCUUUGACGAUGCGGCAGCGGAGAUCGGUCUCUCCUUCGACCAGGAGACUGCUCACGGCGGCGCGAGCGAGUCCUGCUUCGAUGCCUUCGCCGACUUCUUUCCUUGGGCUUUGACCGGUAUUCGCGGCGGUCGGGACUGGGUGACCGUCGAGAGGGGCGUGGCGAGCCUCGUGCACUUCGACCAGUGUCUCCGGGGGCUGCUUCACGGUGAUCACGACGCGGGCUGUUAUCUCGUCUGGGCUUCUUUCUCUCCGUGGCACUCCUGUCAAGACUUCGACUCCUUAAUCGCUUCGAAGAUGGAGACGCGGCGCCGUCACCUCGCUGUGCUCCUCGACUGCGAUCUCGCGGGUGCUUGGCUCGGGAUUCGCGCCGCGACUCCCCAGUACCCCUGCCACGAGAUCGAUCACGAGAGUCUUCCCUGUACUUGUCGCGACGGGAAGGCGACGGCGAUGCUAGACGAGGUCGCUCUCUGCUACGUUCGCGUGUUCUAUGGUGGCUUCGGCCAGAAGGCUGCGACUUGUCGGGAGGGGGGUCGCGCGGUUUGCUGUCUGGCAAUCUGUCUGAGUCUCGAGGUCGACGUGGUGGAGGCGAAGGAGAUCUGCGGGAGCGUGUCACUUCUCGACCAGCUCUGCCUCGGUCUCUGCGCUCAUCGCCUGAUCUGCGGUCGUCUCUCAUGGCGACAUGUCGAGGGCGGUUGCGGUGGUAGGACUCCAUCGCUCCAGCCGAUACGAUUUGAGUUUUUAGGUAUGAGCACGUUGCCUGCCGAAGUUUCCCCGAUAACGUGA